GCUGGAAAGGCAGGCAACCUCUGUCAUUGCUGCUGAAUGCCAGGACAACGCUCGGGUCCCCCCUCAGAGGACCCCCAGUGAUGUCAGCUAGUGGCUGUGUGUGUGCGCGAGUGCAGGAGAGGCGCCGGUGCCUGCAUCGUGCCUGUCUCAGAGAGAGAGAGAAAGGCAGAGAGGAAGGGAGUGUGCCAGCAGACAGCAGCAGCGGUUCGGCAGCCAGCAGCUCCGGAGCAGACGGCGGUGCCUGGUGACACUCGUGGGAGCCGGGCCUGAGAGUGCCCUGCACCCCCCGGCCACAUGCGCAGCCAGCAGGGGGCCGCAGAAGGGGGCAGCUUCAGCACCAGCAGCGGGAGCUCGGGGCUGUCCCCCGGGUCCGACUCAGAUAGCGGCCUUGGGGGGCCCCUGGCAGGGGUGGGGGCCGCCCGUGGGGUCAUGUCCCAUUACUGGAGUCUGGAGAGUCUGCAUUCCACCACAGCGGUGGUCAUUCCCGACGGGACGCUUGACAGGGCCGGCCCGAGCGAUGAUGUGGGCAGUGAGGAGGACCUGUAUGAUGAGUUCCGUAGCUCCGCCCACCGUUUCGGCCACCCCGGUGGGGGAGGGGGGCAACUCGCCAUCAACGAGUUGAUCAGCGAUGGCAGCGUGUGUGCAGAAGCCCUAUGGGAUCAUGUCACCAUGGAUGACCAAGAGCUGGGCUUCAAGGCCGGCGACGUCAUCGAAGUAGUGGACGCCACCAAUAAGGAGUGGUGGUGGGGGCGGAUCCUGGACAGCGAGGGCUGGUUCCCGGCCAGCUUCGUUCGGCUACGUGUGAACCAGGAUGAGCCUAUGGAGGACUACCUAGCCAAGAUGGAGGGCACCAGGGAAGAGGAGGGGGGGUGUGGGAGGCUUGUCGGCCCAGGCCUGCCCUGCAAGGAGCAGAUGCGGAGCAAUGUCAUCAACGAGAUCAUGAGCACAGAGAAAGACUACAUAAAGCACUUAAAGGACAUCUGUGAGGGUUACAUCAAACAAUGCCGCAAGAGGACAGAUAUGUUCACCGAAGAUCAGCUCCGAACCAUUUUUGGCAACAUCGAGGAGAUCUACCGCUUCCAAAAGAAGUUCCUCAAAGGCAUUGAGAAGAAGUUCAACAAGGAACAACCUCACCUGAGUGAAAUAGGUUCCUGUUUCUUGGAGCACCAAACAGACUUCCAGAUAUACUCGGAAUAUUGUAAUAAUCACCCCAACGCCUGUCUCCAACUCUCCAAGCUCAUGAAGAUCAACAAAUAUGUAUUCUUCUUUGAGGCUUGCCGUCUACUGCAGAAAAUGAUUGACAUUUCCCUGGAUGGCUUCCUGCUCACACCGGUCCAGAAGAUAUGCAAGUACCCGUUGCAACUGGCUGAGCUGCUGAAGUACACCAACCCUCAGCAUAGGGACUACAAAGAUGUGGAAGCUGCCUUAAACGCCAUGAAGAACGUUGCCAGGCUCAUCAAUGAGAGGAAGAGGCGACUGGAGAACAUCGACAAGAUCGCACAGUGGCAGAGCUCCAUAGAAGAUUGGGAGGGUGAAGAUGUACUCACCAGGAGCUCAGACCUCAUCUUCUCAGGAGAGCUGACCAAGAUAUCCCAGCCUCAAGCGAAAAGCCAGCAGCGUAUGUUCUUCCUCUUCGACCACCAGAUGGUCUACUGCAAAAAGGAUUUGCUGCGUAGGGACAUACUGUACUACAAGGGCCGGGUGGACAUGGACCAAAUGGAAGUGCUGGACCUGGAGGACGGCAAGGACAAGGACUUUAACCUGAGCGUGAAGAAUGCUUUGAAACUAUGCUCGGUGGUGGCAGGGGGCGAAGCCCUGCUGCUUUGCGCGAAGAAGCCCGAACAGAAGCAGAGGUGGUUGCGGGCCUUCACUGAUGAGCGCAGGCAGGUGCAGCAUGACCAGGAGACAGGUUUUGCUAUUACUGAAAUCCAAAAGAAGCAGGCAAUGCUGAACGCGAACAAAAGUCACCCAGCGGGAAAGCCUAAAGCUGUGACCAGACCCUACUAUGACUUCCUCCUGCGGCAGAAGCACCCGACCCUGCCGACCUCCCUGCCGCAGCAGCAGGUCUUCAUGCUGGCAGAGCCCAAGCGGAAGACCUCAAACUUCUGGCAUAACAUCGGCAGGCUCACACCCUUCAAGAAGUGACCGCUGUGCUUAUGCCUACACCUCCAUUUUUACCUUCUUCCCUUUUCCUCUCCUUUAGAUUUUUUUUCUUAUUGAUAUUAUUAUUGUUGUUUUUAUUGUUAUUAUAAUAUUUUUUACAUUGUUUUUUCUUUUGGAAAGCACUUUAUAGGUCGGUUACAAUCAGACUUUAAGGCUCCCGGGCUUGUUGGAACUUUGGGAGAAUAACUGCUAUCCUAGCACUAGGACUCCAAAUACUACUAUGCUACUACUUCAACUACAACUACUUGUACUAAUACUGUUAUGGCUCCAGACGAUCAUGUGACUCAUGCUGUGACAUCACCGUCUGCGGAGGACCUUGGCCAGAAGACGGGAUCUUUGGUUUGUUUUCCUUCCUCCCGGUGUCGUUCGUCUGGCUUCUCCGACAUUCGCCGACGGCUCGCCGUGCCGGAUCAUCGGGGUUUUGUACGCAAGUUGUUACUUUGACCGAAUUACCGUUGGAAACGUGGGGGGGGGGGGGGG